AUGAAUAUUAAUUUUAAAUACAAAACUCUUGCUGUUAUUCUUAUUAUUAGUGUAAUAAUAUUAACAGAUGGGUAUUUGUAUACAUGUCAACAUAAACGUUCAUCCAAAAAACGAAACUGUACACUUUACGUUGAAUUGCAAAGAAGUGAAUUCCCAAAAUAUGUUAUGCCAAGGUUAAUGGAAGCUGAUCGUCAUAAUCUUCAGUAUUUAUAUAAUCUACUAGGUCGUCAUCCAAAUGUUACAAGAUUAAUGAAUAGAUAUGUUGAUAAAAAUUUAAAUCAAACAAAUAUUGCAAGAAUUUGUACAGGAUUUAGCAUUAAAUUUUAUUAUCCGACAUAUAUGAUAUUUGUACUACAAGUAAUUCAAAAAAAUAAGAAAAAUAAUUGCUUACAAAGAGGACUCCGGGUGUUUUGCAUCAAUAAAAGAAAUUAA